GAUCAGAUGAAGAUGUCCUCGAAGCAACUGGCGCCUUGGAACGAGUUCAUCCCGACGAGCACGAGCCAUGUCCAGCGGAAGUUGACUGUUCUGUAGAGCAAAUCGGGGAGUAGUUUCCUUGCCAUACAGUGCAAUCUGUUCCGAUCAUCACAGGAGAAUGCUAUGGCUUCUGAAAUUCAUCUGCAGCUAGAUUGUUUCUCAUUGUCAUGGAGCCCGAUUGGUACGAGGAAAUUCUUCGGCACUUGGAUGACGAGAAAGAGGACGGCAGGAAGGUACGCAUCUACCGAGUUCCAAAUUACCUGAAGGAGAAGUCGCCAGAGGACUUCCGGCCCCUCGAGCUGUUCGUAGGGUUCUACACUCACUCCUCCUUAGUCCUGGAUCAGGAUCCCAUGCACUUGGAUAUUUCGAAACUCGCUGUAGCUCAGAAGAUUUGUCUGGGACAAGAACCACACCCGCCGCCCGUCACGCCAGAGCCAGAGCAGUCCCGAAGGCCCACGGAAACGCAAAAGUGGAGAGAUUUUGUGUCACAUUUGGAGCCGAACCUGGAGCUGGCGAGGAGCAUGUACGACCGUCUGACGGUGAAUGCGAGCGGGAACGCCGUGGUGGCUCUGGACUCUCUGUUUAUCGUGGCUUAUUUGAGAUACAGCUACAGCUGGGCGGAUACUUGGGGAUACGACUUCGCAUCAGUGUUCGAGCGAUCUCGGUUCAAUGCGUCGAGGUUUCCCGUUCUGCAUGAUCUUUUGAUGCUGGAGAACCAGGUGCCCCUGUUACUGCUGGAUGCGGUGGUGAAGUACAUAUGCACGUCUAUGACGGAAGCCACUGCCGACUUGUACAACAUGCUGGAAUGGUUUGUGAUGGAAGUGUAUCCUUUCAAUCACGGUGAGAAACUCGACGUCGAUCCGGAGAAGCUGAAGGAAUAUCUGCGCAGAUUCCAUAAGAACAGCAUCGAUAGCUUUGUGAACUGUGACCACCUUCUGCACUGCGCGUAUCUUGCCAUUUGCGGUCCAUAUAAUCCUAUUCCGCGUGAGACAUCAGAUAGUUGCGGGCAAAUUCUGCCCUGUUUCAGGCUACGCAACGUGGCUCCGACCGAUCAUCUCACGCCGUCUCGGAAUAGGUUCAGGAUACCCUCUGCAACGAGUUUGAGGCGGGUAGGCAUCUCCGUGAAGGUCAGGGAUAGCUCCCUGACCAUGAACAACAUCAAAUUCGAGAGGCACAAGCACAAGUAUGUUCUUCUGGUGCCGAAGCUGAUAAUGAACGAUGGCACGGUUGCGGUACUGAGAAACCUAGCGCUGUACGAACAGAUUGAGGAUAACGGAGUGACCCCAAGGGGAGACAUGAGGACUUACCUCUUUCUGAUGAGCAGCCUGAUUGACAGCGUGCAGGAUGUUCGCCUGCUUAUGAACCGCGGUGUUAUUGUGAACCAGCUGGGCAGUGCAGAAACCGUGUGCAAACAGUGGAACCGGAUAUGUGACGGUUUGUACAUUCCAUCCACCACCCCUAGCUACUGGUCCCACAUCCAGGACAGGAUCAACGAGCUUGAGAAGUCCAAAAGCAACAGAUGGUUCGCUGAGGUUGAGGAACGCAAUUUUUCAAGUUUCGUCCUCUUUGGCUCUUUCUUGGUAUUCACGAUCAUCUUCUUCUCCACUCUCAUACAAGCCAUAUUUUCAGUGCUCUCUUAUGCCUCAAUGCCUUAGUGGCGAUACCUUCAGAGAUUCCCAUCACCUUCGGCCGCCCUCUUACUCAUCACAGAAGACUUUUUAUGGAGUCUGUUCUGUUUCCUAGAUGUGCUUCGGUUUGAUAGAAGAAUGCCCUUGCUUCCUUCCGCUCUAAUUGCUACCACUCUUGUUCACAACGGGGACGCACUCGUCUAUGAAUUGUAUCAUUGGAUCGGCAAAUUAUCACGAACGUCGAUGCAAUUGAAGAGGAAGGGCUUCAUCUCAGAAUCUGCUGUCCUGUUCAUGAGUCUUCAUACAAAAGCAGCUUCUAUUGUAUCGUACAAGCAGGCGGGAUGAACAACGUGUGAUCUUGCUUCCGUCAUUAUAUCUUGGUUCGUUCCGGGUCUGGUAUUGUCUUCGAGGUUACCCAAUCCUGCAGCGUCGCAAGCUCUUGUUGAAAUCGGUGGUUCAAAACGCAGCUAAUGGGUCGUCGUCCACGGUGAACUCCUCUCUUCUCUAUUCCGAAGGCCCUCUCGCUCUGAAAUUCAGUUUUCUAACAUCCAGCCGAACAUUCAUCUUCUACAUCGAUAUGCUAUUGUCUCAAACCAUCGGUAGCAAUUUUAGGGUCAAGUGCCACAAGACUAGAUUCGGUCUUUGGUCCUUCUCGGUGACGUAAACCAGAACUCUCUCGAUCUUUUGGAGGAAUGCUGACGGGAGUCAGAUGCCAAGCAUGUCUUCGUGAUGAAAAGAAACCUCCGUCCGGGCGACGGGAUUGGGUAGCAGUGGAAGAGUGGAAGGAAGGAAAAGUGGCAAUUGAAAGCGGAGGCCCAGGAAAUAUCCCAGCGAGUUUCCUGCAACAGUGCGCGUCCAAACGUGGAGAUUCUUUGCUUCUUCUGUACCAGGUCCACGUUGCAGAUCUACAUUCACCGACUAUGGAAGAAAGACACUACUGUCCAAGGUAAUUGACUCCUUAUUCUACUGUACUGUCAUCCGUCAUCAUUCUGCCUUCCAACCAAAUGGUUGCACUUUCCAAAGAGGCACUAAUUUUAUGGCCGUUCAAUUUUGUCGCAAGCUUCAUUUUUACAGCUCAAAUGUGUUUGCACCGACAAUGAAGACAAUGUCAUUGCCUGGCAGCUGCAUCUGAACUGGGAAGGUAUUUGCAAAACCUGUACUAAACUUUGAACUCUUUUCAUCUCUUUGACCAAUGUGCAUACGGACUUAACUUUUACCAUCUUGUUGGCGUUUGUGAAUAGUAGAGGUAACUUGGCCAAGGUGAUUUCCAAGGAUCAUUGGCAUAUAGGGCUCUUCAUGGUACUCACUUGGGUAUACUUCGCCAAUUAUAAUGUAUAAAAUUUCCAAAGCUUGAAAUUCCAGUUUUAUUUUUGAAGUUGAAUUUUUUUUAUAUUUUAAAGUUUGGAAAUUUUUUGGGUGCUUUGAUUUUUAGAGAAUAGUUCAUGUAUAUCCAGUAAAUAUCACAAUGUAAGAGGAAGUAAAGUAGAGUAUAUUUAGAGAAAAAAAAAUCCAAAUAAAGAUGUGAGAGAUGUUCCAUAGUCAUUCAGGUAUUCUUUGGAUAUUCUGCGAGUACAUGUAAUUCAUCUUACCAAUAAUAUUAAUGAAAUAUUUAUUAUUGUGUAUUUU